AUGGAAAAAUCUUCAUACGCCAAUUUAUCAGCAUCAUCAAUUGCCAAUAAUGGUCCUAUUUCAAUUUUAUCAUAUUGUGCUUCAUCAAUCUUGAUGACUGUCACUAACAAAUAUGUUUUAUCAGGAUAUUCAUUCAAUUUGAAUUUCUUCCUUUUAGCUGUUCAAUCUAUUGUUUGUAUUGCUUGUAUUGGAUCAUUAAAAGCUUUUGGUGUUAUUACUUACAGACAAUUCAAUAGUGAUGAAGCUAAAAAAUGGUCUCCAAUUGCUUUCCUUUUAGCUGCUAUGAUCUAUACUGGUUCAAAAGCUUUACAAUUUUUAAGUAUCCCUGUUUAUACUAUUUUCAAAAAUUUAACCAUUAUCUUAAUUGCUUAUGGUGAAGUUAUUUGGUUCGGUGGUAAAGUCACUUCAAUGGCUUUAGGUUCAUUUUUAUUAAUGGUUUUCUCAUCAUUAAUUGCUUACUAUGGUGAUUCUCAAGAUCCAAGUGCUGUUGAUAAUUAUGAAGUUUAUUUAGGUUACAUUUGGAUGUUAACUAAUUGUUUUGCUUCUGCUUCUUUUGUCUUAAUUAUGAGAAAAAGAAUAAAAUUAACUAACUUCAAAGAUUUCGAUACUAUGUAUUACAAUAACUUAUUAUCAAUUCCAAUUUUAUUGAUUUCUUCUUUCAUUUUUGAAGAUUGGUCUGCUAUUAAUGUUGAAAAGAACUUCCCAGCUGAUAAUAGAACUGCUACUGUUAUGGCUAUGAUCUUCUCUGGUUUAUCAUCAGUUGGUAUUUCUUAUUGUUCUGCUUGGUGUGUUAGAGUUACUUCUUCAACCACUUAUUCUAUGGUUGGUGCUUUAAAUAAAUUACCAAUUGCUUUAUCAGGUUUAAUAUUCUUUGAUGCUGCCAUUAAUUUCUGGUCAGUUUCUUCAAUCUUUGUUGGUUUCAUUGCUGGUUUAGUUUACACUGUUGCUAAACAAAGACAAGCUAAAGAAAAUUCUCAACAAUUACCAACUUCAAAGUAA